AUGGUUGAAAGUUGCAUUCUAGUUAUGAACGUAGCCCUCUUCUAUCAACAAAUACAAAUUCAAACUGAUUGUAAAACACUGAGAUUACGACAAGCGAGAGUCGAGUUACUCGAAUUGUCUACUCCUUUACCUUCUAAUAAAGAAAACGAUGCUAUUGAAAAACGUAAACAGCGAUGGGAAGAGAGUGCUUCUAAAGCAGAACAAGAUAAACAUGCCGUUGAAUCUAUUAUUGCCGGAAUUCUUUCAAGUCAUCGCAAUCGUACUCCUUCUUUUCAUGUCGAUUCUAAUUUUGAGCAAAGAUUACAUUUAUGUCAAUUAACAACACUUGUCUUUGGUCGUUUUGAUGCUUUAUCAACUCGUCAACAUGUUAUUGCACAUGCAACUUCAUCAGCUCGUCGUCGUCGUCAUCGUCAUGAAUCUAAUCUAGUCGAUAUUGACAACAUUGAUGAUGAUCAACAACCUACAUGUGAUGUAAAACGUCGCCAACGUCUUUUUUCUAAGCCUAUUUUACCACCUUUCUGUCGUCGUCAUCGUAUUCAAAGUUGCUAUGCAUGUCGAUCACCUUAUUUAAAAGAGAAACCUAGCACUGCACUUUUUAUGGAUCGUUUACAUAAACUAGAAGAAGAGCACGAUGAAUCUAGUUCCUCACAAGAAUUUAAGACAUUAGAUCUUGAAUCUAUCGCACCUCCACCACCACCUGCAGGUUUGAUUGAAGCGAUUCCAACUUUUUUAAGAACAAGUGCAGAUAAAUUAAGGCGUGCUUUAGAGAAUGGACAUGAUGAUGGAAAACCAAUGACAGUAGCAGGACAAAAGGUGAUGGGUGGCGGUAUGCCUCCACGCUGGUAUGAUUUAUUUUUAGAGCUUUUAACACAGGCUGCCAUUGAAAGUUAUUUAUGCGAUACUCAGUCUGGCCUUGAACCUAUUUUUGAAAUAUUUUCAUAUGGAGAUGUUGAAGAUGAAGAUCCUGAAGAAGAUCAACAUGAAGAAGACGAUGAAGAAGGGGAAGAAGAAGAUGACGAAGAAGAAGAAGAGGAAGGAUAUGAAGAAGAAGAAUUGGAUGAAUGGGGAAUUCAUGCUGCUGAUCACCAUUUGUUAUUUCCUAAAACUCGCACUAUGCAUUUAUUCAAGACACAAGUACGAGAAAGAGAAAAAGAUUUUUUAAUAAUCGAAGAAGGAAUUGAUCUUCAAACUCAUUUUGAAAGAUUAGCACAACGUUUUCCUUUACAAACAUUCGAAAAAAAUAUGGGUGAAUUUAUUCAAAUGAUUUCAGAUUCCAUGGAUAUUCCAGCUUUAGAUAAGUACGAACAAAGUAUAAAUGAUAAGAGUACAAGUAGUUUUUCAUCAUCAUUGCCAACUCCAUCAUCUGCUAAUGGACCAUCUAUUUAUAAAUAUCCUGGUGAUGGUUCACUUUUAAUGCCAGAAAUUCCUGAUGAAGAUGAUAGUCAUCAUGAUAACAUCAAGAAAAGGUCUGCUGUACAAGAAAAUAAUUUAGAAACAGAUACAAAUAAACGUAUCAAAACUGAAGAGUAG